AUGGUGGAGAUAAACAUAGAGAGGAGAACAUCAUCGUGGAACAAAAUACCAACAACUUCAGGCUUCCCAAAUCUCUCCACAGUGAUUUUAAGUCGUUGCGGUGGUCUAAAGGAUUUGACCUGGCUUUUGUACGCUCCAAACCUUACUGAUCUUCUCGUUGAGGCCUCAAUUCAAAUAGAAGAUAUAAUCAGCAAAGAGAAAGCUGAGAAUAUCUUCACAGAAGAGGAGGGAGGAACCAUCAUUCCUUUUCAGAGACUAGAGUACUUCAGAUUGAAUCAUUUGCCGAAACUGAAGAGCAUCUACUGGAGUCCUCUCCCUUUCCCACGUUUGAGUAAAUUCCGCAUAAAAAGGUGUCCAAAUCUGAGAAAGCUUCCAUUGGAUUCUAAAAGUGGCUGCAGCAACCCGGGAGAAGAUCUUGUCAUACAUAAUGUCGAGCAAUACUGGAUUGAUAAGGUUGAAUGGGAGGAUGAAGCCACUAAAGAGCGUUUCCUACCUUCUCUCCAACAAUACUUGAUUGAUGAGGUUGAACGGGAGGAAGCGAAGCCUUUCAUACCUUCUCUCAGCCUUUUCAUAUGA